CUUCCCCAAUUCUCAAAGCCCCUAGGGGGAGAGGAGAGAGAGGGAGAGGCCUUCCUCCCCAUGCUCCUUUUCUGGAACUCCCUGGCACCGAGGCCGGUGCGCCGGGAUCGCCUCUGAGAAGGCUCGGUCCGUAAGUUGCUCCGAGCAGUGCUCCUGGACUAAGGAGGUGAGGGCCCCUCCAGAGCGGACCCCUCCCCACCCCACGGCACAGUCUUAUCCAAGAAGCUGCCCACCUUUGCCCGCUGCUCCUUGCCCAGUCAUGCCCAGGGUCCUCUGAGCAGGAAGAACCUGCGCAGACCCCCUUAGAGCCGUUGCGGGUGGUCCAUGAGCGCUGAAGGAGACGCUCUCACGGGCUUGCCCACAGGCUCUGACGCUCCUCCGCUCGGCGGGUUGGUGCGGCAGAAUCUCCCGCUGCUCUUAAGUCUGGGCCUCAGCUCGAGACCCCACUGAGGAGGCUGCGGCCUGCAGUUCUGCCCCUCAGUGGGGGCAAAGGCAGUGCUGGGGGUGGAGGGCCCAGGCCUCCUGGCACCUGGUCACCCUCCCAUCCAUGGACAGAGCCAGUCAUGGCGCAGGAGGUAUGGGUGGGCACCUGGAGGCCCCAUCGCCCCCGGGGACCCAUCAUGGCCCUCUACAGCAGCCCUGGACCCAAGUACCUGAUUCCACCCACCACAGGCUUUGUGAAGCACACGCCCAACAAGCUGCGUGCACCGGCCUACAGCUUCCAUGGGGCCCCCAUGCUCCUGGCAGAGAACUGCUCCCCGGGGCCCCGCUACAGCGUGAACCCCAAGAUACUGAGGACUGGCAAGGACCUCGGCCCCGCCUACUCCAUCCUGGGGCGCUACUGCACUAAGACCACGCUGACCCCCGGCCCUGGCGACUACUCUCCAGAGAAAUCUACCAAGCAUGUGUUCGACUUGGCGCCCAGCCACUCCAUUUCUGCCCGAACCAAGACCUUCCGAGUGGACAGCACCCCAGGCCCCGCUGCCUACAUGCUGCCCGUGGUGAUGGGGCCUCACACUGUCGGCAAGGCCUCCCGGCCCGCCUUCUCCAUCAAGGGCCGCAGCAAGCUGGGCAGCUUCAGCGACGACCUGUACAAGACCCCAGGUCCCGCAGCCUACCGCCAGACCAAUGUCCAGGUGACUAAGUUCAAGGCUCCACAGUACACCAUGGCUGCCCGAGUGGAGCCCCCGGGGGACAAGACCCUCAAGCCAGGACCAGGAGCCCACAGCCCUGAGAAGGUGACAGUGACCAAGCCCUGCGCCCCCAUCGUCACCUUUGGCAUCAAACAUUCUGACUACAUGACACCCCUGGUGGUGGACGUGGAAUAGCCCUGGCUCCACCCCACCCGUCACGCCAAGCCUCUGCACAUCACGUGCCCCCAACAACAGAUUCCCUGAGCUGAGGGCUUUGGGCGGCUCCUCUACCAGCUGGGCUGCAGCCGGCCUGGCCCUGCAGGGCAGAGCAUGCUUGCUUGGACAAUUGUGACCAGCUAUUUUUUCUAUGCUUUCCCAUUUGCUAAACGUGUUUCCUGCUGUGCCCAGAUAUACAAUAAAUCACGGAUUC